AUGCAAUUAGGAUAUAAUGAAAUAAUGAUUGUCUCGAAGUAUUUUGAAGAUAUUAAUGAUUUUAUUAAUUUAGAAAUGGGAGUUAAAAGAUUUGAAGGAAAUAUGGAACGAUUUCAUUUUAAUCCAAUUCCAUUGAAUCAAUAUUCAAGAAAAUUGUUUCCUAAUAUUGAAACAUUUCAUAUUUAUAAUGAAAAAGAUGAAAUAUUUAAAGAUGGAAAAAUAUUUAAAUAUGUAAUAUGGUAUAAAGUGAAUUAUUCAAGAUAUUUAAAAGAGAAAAAUGAAAUGAAUGAAUUACAUUCAUUUGGAAAUGAAUGUUUUUCUGGAUGUUCAUCAUUAAAAUCAAUUAAUAUACCAACAAGUGUUAUUGAAAUAGGAUUUGGAUGUUUUGAAGGAUGUUUAUCAUUAACAUCAAUUAAUAUACCAACAAGUGUAAUUACAAUAGGAAAUUGGUGUUUUUAA